ACCUCGGGCAGGAGGGCACGCGGGCGGGGGGCCGGGCGACCGCUGAGCGAGGCGGGGAAAGUCCGUCCGCCCGGAGCCGCGAAGCUGCCAGCGCGCGAGGGCAGGAGGGGGACCGCGCUGUCCGCCCGCCCCGCGGGACCCGGCGAGGCCGGGAAACCAGCCCUGGGAUUCUCCGCGCCGGGCUGUGUCCGGGGUCCACGCCAAGCCUGGGGGAAGGCAGGCUGGCAGACACACAACCCAGGAUACAGAUCAACUUUUGCAAAAGAUGUGUCCCGCAUCCUUCCUGGGGCACCUGCUGUAAAUAGAAUGAAUGCCUCCAAGGAGUAAACAUUGGUGCCUGAGAGGCGGAGCCACAGGACUCAGAAGACACUAGCUUGAUGCUGGGAAGACCUGACUUGGCUGACAGCAGAAUAUUUCAGUUACGUGCAACUAAACACUCUUUGAGGGGAUCUGAAGGAGUAGGAAAGAAGAAGGAAGAAUGAAGGUGCUGGGAAGACAACACUUCUGAACUAUAUUUUGACAGAGCAACAUAGUAAAAGAGUAGCUGUUAUUUUAAAUGAAUUUGGGGAAGGUGCUGUAGCCUCUAUGUUUUGGGUUGAUGCUGAAUUAGGGGUCGACAUUUAUCUUGAUGGUAUCAUAACUGUGGUGGAUUCAAAAUAUGGAUUAAAACAUUUAGAAGAAGAAAAACCUGAUGGCCUUAUCAAUGAAGCUUCUAGGCAAGUUGCUUUGGCAGAUAUUAUCAUCAUUAAUAAAACAGACUUGAUUUCAGAAGAGGAUUUAAAGAAAUUAAGAACAACCAUUAGAUCAAUAAAUGGACUGGGAAAAAUUUUAGAAACACAAAGAUCAAGAGUUGAUCUCUCUAAUGUGUUAGAUCUUCAUGCCUUUGACAGUCUUUCUGGAAUAAGUUUGCAGAAAAAACUUCAACAUGUGCCAACAACACAGCCUCACCUAGAUCAGAGCGUUCUUACAGUGACAUUUGAAGUACCGGGAAAUGCAAAGGAAGAAAGUCUGAAUGUAUUUAUUCAGAAUCUUCUGUGGGAGAAGAAUGUGAGGAACAAGGAUGGUGACUGCAUGGAGGUCAUACGGCUAAAGGGGCUGGUGUCGAUCAAAGACAAACUAAAACAGGUGAUUGUGCAAGGUGUCCAUGAGCUCUAUGACCUGGAGGAGACCCCACUGAGCUGGAAAGAUGACACAGAGAGAACAAAUCGAUUGGUUCUUAUUGGCAGGAAUUUAGAUAAGGAGAUCCUUAAACAACUAUUUAUAGCUACUGUGACUGAAACAGAAAAGCGGUGGACGGCACAUUUCAAAGAAGAUCAAGUUUGUCCAUAACACUAGAAGCAUUUCUAAUCAAAGGGACUGGGUGACAAAUCGGGAAUAAGUUUCCUACUGGUUAUAUGUCAAGCAUCUGUUCUUUGUGUUACUUCUGUUAUGAAUUCCAGCGUACUUUAGUGUUUAUUUAAUGGAACAUGUAAAAUUUAGUAGAUAAAUACUAUAAAACAUUUGACAUUCAUACAAUAAAACGUAAUACCCUCUGAAGUGGGGGUUUUUUGUGUGUU